CGGCGGGCACAAGUCGGGGUGGUGGGGAGGUCUCAGUCGCGACCCCGACGGCACUCGCCGGCCGUGGGAGGCCGGGUUUCCGGGAGAGCGCGUCCGUUUUUCCACCCCUGCGAGACUGCGCUUCGUGGCGCCCAGUUGGUUUCCGUGGCGGCGGUGGAGCGUCGGGAGUUAGCUUUUCCGGGGACCCUCAGCCAGUGAUCGCAGGAAUUGGGAGCCAGGAAGGCGGCAUCCUCUGGGUUUGCUGGAGGUGUGAAUGACAGAAGUGGUGCCCUCCAGCGCCCUCAGCGAGGUCAGCCUGCGCCUCCUCUGCCACGAUGACAUAGACGCUGUGAAGCAACUGUGUGGCGACUGGUUCCCCAUUGAGUACCCAGACUCAUGGUAUCGUGACAUCACGUCCAACAAGAAGUUCUUCUCACUUGCUGCAACCUACAGAGGUGCCAUUGUGGGAAUGAUAGUAGCUGAAAUCAAGAAUAGGACCAAAAUACAUAAAGAGGAUGGAGAUAUUCUAGCCUCCAGCUUCUCUGUGGAUACACAAGUUGCGUACAUUUUAAGUCUGGGAGUGGUGAAAGAAUUCAGGAAACACGGCAUAGGUUCCCUUUUACUAGAAAGUUUAAAGGAUCAUAUUUCCACCACCGCCCAGGACCACUGCAAAGCCAUCUACCUGCAUGUUCUCACCACCAACAAUACAGCAAUAAACUUCUACGAAAACAGAGACUUUAGGCAGCAUCACUAUCUGCCCUAUUACUACUCCAUCCGAGGGGUCCUCAAAGAUGGCUUCACCUAUGUCCUCUACAUCAAUGGCGGCCACCCUCCCUGGACCAUCUUAGACUACAUCCAGCACCUGGGCUCAGCACUUGCCAACCUGAGCCCCUGCUCCAUCCCACACAGGAUCUACCGGCAGGCCCACAGCCUGCUCUGCAGCUUUCUGCCAUGGUCCAGCAUCUCCACCAAAGGUGGCAUCGAGUACAGCCGUACCAUGUAACGCCACUGGGGCAACCUCCACCAGGCCUCUGUCCUCAGCACUCUGUGGAGCCUAUUUUCCUGUCUGUCUGACUUCUGCUGUCCUUUUGGAAGAGCUGGUGGCCACCUGCCAGCCCAUCAGCCUGCCCCAGCUGCAGGCCCGGUGCUAUGCUGGCUCAGGAGCAGAGUGUAUGCCUGGUCGGUCGUCAGCAGGCUCUCCUUCCACCUGGAGCCCUUGUCCCGCCUCUAAGCACUGGCACCACCCAAUGGCCUGGCAGGUGUGGCUACAUUGACUGGGGAAGGGCGUUCCAGGCCUUUCCCCUGCCUCCUUCCUGCUCCUUCAGCUCUUUCCUACAAGAUGGACUGGACUUUGCUGAAAACUAUCAACUUCUUUGACCUUGAAGACACAGCAACCUUAGAAUAAAGAGGCACAGCAAAGAGAAUGUCAGGUUUUUGUAUAGGAAUGCCCUAAAGAAGCUAAGACGGUGGAAGCA